GCAAUUGCUUGAAGCGCGUAGCAAUAUCGCACCACAUCUUCUUCUUCUUGUGAAAAAAAAGAAGCAAGCAAGCAUAAAAACGGGACAGUUAACUAGUCUUGUGCAGUCCAAUGAACUCGACGGCAAUGGCCAGCACAGCUUCUCUAUCUCUCCGUCCUUCGUCUCUCAUCUCCGACCGUUCCCAUUCUCCCUCUCUUCUUCCUUCUUCUUCCUCCUCUAGUUUCUUCUCCGGUGGGACCCGCUUGUGGGCCCAUAAGAAGUUUAUAUCCAUUUCCUUUUCUUCAUCCCAGUACAAUAAGAAGAUUCCGGGACGACGUUUUGGGAGAUUGGUGGUUGCUGCCGCUGAUUAUUACUCUACACUUGGGGUCCCAAAAUCUGCUAACAGUAAAGACAUAAAGGCUGCUUAUCGAAGGUUAGCUCGACAGUAUCACCCUGAUGUCAACAAGGAACCUAAUGCACCAGAAAAGUUUAAGGAGAUUAAAGAUGCUUAUGAGAUACUAUCAGAUGACAAAAAAAGAGCACUAUAUGAUCAAUAUGGUGAAGCCGGGGUGAAAAGUUCUGUAGGGGCCCAAGCCGGUGCUUACACGACAAAUCCUUUUGAUCUAUUUGAGACAUUCUUUGGACCUUCUAUGGGUGGUUUUGGAAUGGAUGGAGCUGGAUUUGGAACGCGUCGCCGCAGUAGUGUUACCAAGGGUGAAGAUCUACGUUACGACAUGACAUUAGAAUUUUCAGCGGCUAUCUUUGGAGCUGAAAAAGAAUUCGAGCUUUCACAUCUUGAAACUUGUGAGGUUUGUGUGGGAACUGGGGCAAAGGUAGGCUCCAAAAUGAGGAUAUGUUCAACCUGUGGUGGCCGAGGUCAAGUUAUGAGGACCGAACAAACACCUUUUGGCAUGUUUUCUCAGGUUUCUGUCUGCCCAAACUGUGGUGGGGAUGGUGAAAUGAUCUCUGAAUAUUGUCGUAAAUGCUCAGGCGAGGGGCGGAUACGAGUGAAGAAAGAUAUAAAAGUCAAGAUACCCCCUGGAGUGAACAAGGGAAGUAUCCUCAGAGUUGCUGGUGAGGGUGAUGCAGGUCCUAGGGGUGCCCCACCUGGAGAUCUUUAUGUCUAUCUUGACAUUGAAGAGAUAUCUGAGAUCCAAAGAGAUGGCAUAAAUUUGAUUUCAACAGUUUCAGUCGGUUAUCUAGAUGCUAUACUUGGGGCUGUUGUUAAGGUUAAAACAGUGGAUGGGAUGACUGAUCUCCAGAUUCCUCCAGGCACUCAACCUGGGGAUGUGCUUGUCUUGGCAAGGAAAGGUGCACCGAAGCUAAAUAAGCCAUCAAUACGUGGGGAUCACUUGUUCACGAUUAAAGUUAGCAUACCAAAACGCAUCAGUGUGACGGAGCGUGAAUUGCUUGAAGAACUUGCUUCUCUAACUAAGGGAUCAAGCACUCGUACAAAAACUCCCCCGGCGGUUCAGCAAACUGCUAAAGUUACAGAAACUCCAGUAGAUUCAGAUUCAACUGCAGCACAAACUGAUGAGUCAUCAGAAGAUCAAGAUGAUCCAUUGAAGAAGUUAACAAAUUUUGCUGGGUCUGUCGUAAAUGGUGCACUAAAAUGGUUAAGAGACAACCUGUAGUACUCGGUGCUGGAAUACUGCCUCAGCAAUCCUCUUUUGUACGACAGUGGCAUUGAAUUUUAUGUGCUUCAAAACAGCCAUUAUAGCGUCUUGCGGCCUUUCAUUUCUUAGAAUAAUUUUCUUUGUUGAUUCUUCCUGUAAAAUUGAAUUCAGGCACCCUAUUCUUUUAGGAAACCUAAUCCUUCGCCUUUGUAAAUUCUGACAA